AAUCGAACAAGAUGCAAAAAGUAAUACUGGUGCUGUUGAUUUCUGCUUCUCUGUAUACGUUCGCGCAAAAAGUGAAAUGCGUAUCGGAGUCAAAAUAUUUUAUCCCCAACUUUACGGCCAAUUGGUUCAAGGCUACGGAAUAUUGCAAUUAUCUUGGGAUGCGACUGAUCGUGAUUUCUUCGGCGGAGGAACAAACCAACGUUACGACGAUGAUUAAAACUACGGAUAAGUUCGAUAAUGAAACAACGGAAAUGUGGAUCGGUGGCAGUGAUCUUGCGGAGGAGGGUAAUUUUUACUGGCAUUCCACGGGGACAAGAGUUCGCUACACCAAUUGGAAGAAAAAUCAGCCGGACAAUGCACAAAACAACGAAAACUGCUUGGAAAUCCGAUACAUUCCGGUUCACGGUUGGAACUGGCACUGGAAUGAUCGUGAUUGUAAGGCGAGCCGGUUCUUCGUAUGCGAGAACUUGGAACCUGGAAAGGAAAUAGUGUUGUUUUAAGAGGCAUGUUAUACUUACCUACUUCAUUUAAACUUCAUAAAAUUCAGUUGUUAAAAUAUGUCGCAUUAAGAGAUGUGGAAAUAUAGGUUUCUCUUUGAAUCUGACAGAACCAAA